AUGGUCCUUCUGAAGGGUACUGCCUCUCAAGGGAGUCCCGUGGAAGCUAAGAAUGAGGAAUGUAAGGAGACAACUACCGAAAUCCAACACGUCAACGUGACGGCCAAACUUACAUCUAAUCCAUGGGUUAUUAAGCUAGAGGGCAUGAGCACCAGUAUAGACGCCACAUUCAAGACAUGCUCUGCGGCGGCCACGGUGGCGCGCUGGUUUGCUGUCAUUUGUGCCAAUCUGGCCGUUCUCUCCUUCCUCCAUUAG